CUACACCUGAUCUCUACCUCGUGCGUCCAUUGCAACUGCACUCCUGAAUCUCAAGCGGCUACGCCAAAUUGCCUUGAGCUCUGGUGAACGCCUUUGCCUGAACGCGCCACGAUGACUUACAAUGAGCAACCGGUGAAGGCACCGAUGAAGCCUUCACCGUCAUUGAUCUACAACAAUUUAGCCUCAUGUGCGGGGAGCUUGCUGUACGCACAUAUUCGACAGGCCUGCACGUUUGCCCUGUCCGGCAUGUCUAGCUCGGGCGCACCCGUGGCCGUCCGCAAGGUUGAGAGCCAGCACUCGGACGUGAUCCACUCCAUUGUCGUCUGCCACCACAACGCCGCCGCCUUCGCAGUGCUGGCCACCGAGGCGGGAGUGCAGAUAUGGGACAAGUCGGUGACGCACCUGCUGCACGUCGCGCCGCUGCCGCCCGCCGCCGCCGCCGGCGCGCCCGGCCUGGCGCCCCGCCAUGGCGCCUUUGCGCGCGGCGCCGCCAUCAAUGUGGCCGCCGACGGCACGCCGCACAUCGCGUUCGGCACCUCGGCCGGCGCCGUGUUCCUACUGGAGCUGAACGAGGCGGAGGGCAAGUUCCGCGGCCUGCCCGUGCCCCUGCCGCCGCACCACACCUCGCCCAUCACCGCCAUUGGCUCGCCCUACCAGUCGCGGCAGGGCAAGUGGAGUGAGGACCUGGGCUGUUACCUGGUCACGUGCGACGAGGACGGCGGCGUCGCUGUGUGGGAGGCGGGGAACACGGGCCCGGGCGGCUGCCAGCUGGUCACCUCGGUGGCUCCCACGGGCGUGCCGGUGGUGUCUGUGGCGGUGCGGCGGGACAUUGUGGUGGCGGCGCGGCUGGACGGUGCCGUGCAGCUGUACGGGCUGCGCGACGGCAAGCUGCGUGCGGACCUUGGCGCCCACUCGCGCUUCAUCUCCGCAAUGGACAUACACCCCACCAAGGACAUCAUCGCCACGGUGUCGGAGGACUGCUCGCUGGGCGUGUGGGCGCUGCCCAUCGGGGGGGCCAAGGCCGACUGCCUGCUGUCGGUGUGCUGGAUGCACGCGGCGCUGACGGGCGUGGCGUUCUGCGGCGCGGCGGGGGACGACGUGGCGGUGGUGGCGUACGACACGGACGAGGUGCACGUGUACAAGUACACGUAGGGGGCAGGACACGUGUGUGCGUGCAGCUGGUGCACGCAGAGGACACCGGGGGGUAGCGGCGUGUGUGUUCGUGUGCCUGGGGGGUGGGGGGAUAGCUGAGGAGGGGUGGGGCCGGGGGGGGGGUAGCCGUUUAUGUGGAGAACGGAGUGAGUAAAUGCGAGACAUUGGGCGCGAGCAGGGGAGCUGAAAGGGGUGUGGAGGAUUGCGGGGGAGGAACGUUGGGUCUUUGCGUUCGGAGGUGGCCUUGCGACUGUGCGGCACAGGCUGAUGUGGCUCGGUGGGGACACGGGGGCACGUGGCCUGCGUGUGUGGGUGUGGGGGAGUGUGCAGGGUGUUGAACUCCGCGCGACAACCGCUGGGGCGAUGGGGUGCGGCAGGCAGGCAGGCGUGCGAGCGCGCGCGCGUGUGUGGGUGUGGGUGUGCGCGCGCAUGUGUGCGCAUGUGUUUGUGUGCGGGAGUGCGUGCAUCUGCUCGCACGUGCCCAGUUGGAUUC